AUGAGGGGGCCGAAGCGGCCGCUCGGCGUGGUGACGUCGUGGGUGCGGCGGCAGCCGCCCAAGGUGAAGGCCUUCCUGGCCGUCGUCACCGGCAUGGCCGCGCUCGUCUUCAUCCGCUUCAUCGUCCACGACCACGACAACCUCUUCGUCGCCGCCGAGGCUGCGCACGCGCUCGGCAUAGGCGUCCUCAUCUACAAGCUCACCAAGGAGAAGACCUGCGCCGGACUAUCCCUCAAGUCUCAGGAUUUAACUGCGUUAUUUCUAGCUGUUAGACUGUACUGCAGCUUUGUCAUGGAGUAUGACAUCCAUACGAUUCUGGACACUGCUACACUUGUAGCCACACUGUUUGUUAUUUAUAUGAUAAGGUUCAAACUGAGGUCAACUUAUAUGGUGGACAAGGAUAACUUUGCAUUGUACUAUGUGGUGCUACCGUGUGCUGGACUGGCACUACUUAUUCAUCCUUCAACAUCUCAUAACAUUGUGAACCGGAUCUCCUGGGCGUUCUGUGUUUAUUUGGAAGCUGUUUCAGUGCUGCCACAGUUACGCUUGAUGCAAAAUAAUAAGAUUGUUGAGCCGUUUACAGCUCACUAUGUAUUUGCAUUGGGGGUUGCAAGGUUUCUUAGCUGCGCCCACUGGGUUCUACAGUCUGGUUGGUGGGCAACUGGUGCUACGGCUUCCCUCAGGGGUGGUGUAACAAGUGCAGCAGGAUACAAAGCUUAG